GAAGGUACUUCAACGGGCCUACAUCCUCUUGGGCUCGCUAGCGCAUUCAUACGUGCACCGUCAGGAAGUCCCUUGGCAUUGCUUGGAAGUGGCAGGCACCAACCCAGGGACGAGUCCCACCAGGGUCCAUCCAAAGAGCUUGCCCAGAUCCUUAGCUGAGCCAUGGCUCGAGGUCUGCGAACAGCUGAGCAUGCCACCGGUCUUGACCUCUGCAGCGACCGACCUGUGGAACUGGCGGAAGCGACGGGACGAAGGAGCCUUCGAGCCAGGUAAUUUGGAGCAGCGGAUCUCCUUGACGGGAAGCAAUUCUGAACGGAUGUUCCACAUGGUGCCAUGCGCCAUGCAAGCAGCAGCAUCAGAGGUGGUGCCCAAGAUUUUCCUGUCGGAUGUCUUAGUCCGUGGAGGCAGACAGGAGCAACUGGCCUUGCUGCUGUUAGAGGUGGCGGAUGUCCUCCGGAGCUUUAAACGCCUCUUCGCUCAGCUCCCCAAAGGAGUCGACCCGGAUGUGUUCUACAACGUCUAUCGGCCAUUGCUCAAUGGCUUUCAUCCAAAUGGUGUCACAAUGCAAGUGGCCAAGCCCAUUGGGAGCAUCACUGGCGUCAGGGUGGAGUCCACAGGUCUUUUGAAUGACUGCAAGGGCCCAAGUGCUGGCCAAAGCACCAUAAUCCUUUUGCUGGACACCUUCCUGUCCGUGCCACAUGCGACUCCAGGUGCAGCGUUUCAGGAUGAGAUGCUGAUGUACAUGCCAGCCGAGCACCGGCAGAUGGUCUUGGACUUGCGUGCCCGCUUGCGAGAGGUGGGAAGCAUACCAGAUUUUGUGAAGAAGAGCCAGGGCGCUGCCGGAAAACAACUGCAGGAGGCAUACAACGAGAGUGUUGAAGCGAUGUGUGAGCUCCGGCGCUUUCACUUGGCCACUGUGAGAAGAUACCUCGUGAGACUUCGGCUGCAGACAGGAUAGAAUGUGCUGCUUACAGUUGAUCACAUCCGCGUGGCUUUUGUUUGAUGUUCAUUUCGAGGUACCUGUAAGACUAGUUGUGGUCCCUAGGCGCACUUCAAAAGGCACAGGGGCCACAACUUGGCGACUCCUUUUGCAGGGAAUGCUGGACGCCACUGCCUCAUCCUUGAUCCGCUUGACUUGAGGGCCAGCGUGGACGAGCUCCAAAAAGCUGCAUGGAAUUGGCGGGUCAUGUUUGAACAGCUUCAGCGUGUAGUCCGAAGCCAAAUUUUGAGCGGCCUUGGCAUGCCAGAUAGUGGCAAUUGCCAAGGUAAGAUCAACAUGAUCAACCCAAAAGCAUCAACAUGUGGCCGCCGGCCUCAAAUUCUGCGCCUCGAGAGCAUGUACAGGAUUUGCGCUUUCAUUUGCCCGUGCUCUUGGCGUGAUCGACUUCGGCCCUUGUGUUGCAAGCUCCAGACCGAAAGGAG